UCACCGUGGGCGUUCUCCAAAUCCCCUACACUGGCGGUGCGUCCCACUCUGUCCCGCGUGAGUUUGGGGCGGCCCGAGUUUGAGUAGGAAGUGACCCAGCCGGAGCUUCGGCCGAGCUGGGUCUUUGACUAUAGAGUUGUCUCGUUCCGGGCACUGCUCCACCCCAAGAGGAGUGGGUGUGUGUUGAGGGACUUCGGGGACACUUGUCUCAGGGACGUGAAGUUGGCUAGAAGCAGUCCAUUCCGUGGGAGUCAGAGGAAGUCGUCCUCCCGGGUACUGGCCUGGUGGCUGGCGAGAUCCGUGAGCGGUGGUGUGUGUGCCCCUUUCCUCUCCCCGGCGCUGGAGUCUGGGGACCUCGGGUCGUCAGGCAGUGAGUGCAGAGCUUGCAUUGGAGCCUCUUCAGAUCCUGCUUUUCAGAAGAUGCACUAUUAUAGAUACUCUAACGCUGAGGUCAGCUGCUGGUACAAGUACCUGCUAUUCAGCUACAACAUCAUCUUCUGGCUGGCUGGAGUUGUCUUCCUCGGAGUGGGACUGUGGGCAUGGAGUGAAAAGGGCGUGCUGUCCGACCUCACCAAAGUGACGCAGCUGCAUGGGAUUGACCCUGUGGUGCUGGUGCUGGUGGUGGGCGUGGUGAUGUUCACCCUGGGCUUCGCCGGCUGCGUGGGCGCCCUCCGUGAGAACAUCUGUCUCCUCAAGUUUUUCUGUGGAACCAUUGUGUUAAUUUUCUUCCUGGAGCUGGCCGUGGCGGUGCUGGCCUUCCUGUUCCAGGACUGGGUGAGGGACCGCUUCCGGGAGUUCUUUCAGAACAACAUCAGAUCCUACCGGGACGACAUCGACCUGCAGAACCUCAUCGACUCCCUGCAGAAGGCUAACCAGUGCUGUGGUGCCUACGGCCCGGAAGACUGGGACCUCAAUGCCUACUUCAACUGCAGCGGCCCCAGCUACAGCCGUGAGAAGUGCGGGGUGCCGUUCUCCUGCUGCGUGCCGGAUCCCGCGCAAAAAGUUGUCAACACACAGUGUGGAUAUGACAUCAGGACUCAGUCGAAGAGCGAGUGGGAUGAAUCCAUCUUCACAAAAGGCUGCAUCCAGGCACUGGAGGGCUGGCUCCCGCGCAACGUCUACAUAGUGGCUGGCGUCUUCAUUGCCAUCUCGCUGCUGCAGAUCUUUGGCAUCUUCCUGGCGAGGACCCUGAUCUCGGACAUCGAGGCGGUGAAGGCAGGUCAUCACUUCUGAGUGGCGGAGGCGCGUGUGGAGCUGAGCCACGCUGUAGAGGCAGAACCGUCACUGUCACUGACUUCGUGUGCAGAGGGAGAGCAUGGACACGCUGCCCCUUGGAGCCAGCACCCUGCCGUCACCAGCGGCAUGGUGUGAUCUGUUCCCGUGUUCCAGUGCCAAAGACCACAGGCCCUUCUUCCCUACACACACUCGUGACUGCAUCCCCACGGUGUCUGCUCAGAUAGAAAGUGUAUCUUUCAGUGGGGGCUGUGGCUGCGCAAGGGACUGACUCGAUCCUCCUGCAGCCCCCACGACUGAGGUCCCUGUGUCGGCCCUGCGCUGACCUCUGGGGAGGGGCCGCAUCUCCUGUGAGCGGGUGUGGGCUGGGGCAGCCUGCAGGGUGGACAGACCUGCUCUCCAUCAAACCAGGCAGCACAGGGACCCUGCCCGAAACUGGGGAGCGGCGGGGCCUGCAGUAAUGCUUGUGUGGGCAGGACCCUUGGCCACAUCUGCGUGAAGUGAGCCUGAGCCAGUGCGUGGACUGCCUCGGGAAGGCCUUGUUGCUGCCCUGCAGGCCCCUCGGCCCCCCAGGGCCAGAACUGCCUCUGUCUCAGCAGCAUUAGGCACAAGGGGUGUGGGCGUGGUUCUCCACCAGGCACCAGCUCACCCUUCUUGAAGUGUACAUAGUUUAUUUAUAGGGGUAACAGCGUCCUCAGUUUCUCUUUCCCUCCCCUUCCCCGGCCUCCUCUUCCAAGCAGCCUUAUGUGGUGUCCUGGACCGAAGCCACCCUUGUCCAUUGCCUGAGCGUCUCACGAGCAGCCCCCGCACCACUUCUUCUGUCCCCAGUGACCCCCAGUGCGAUGCGUGUGUCCCCUCUCCAGGCUCCCCAGACACAUGCACCCCAGCUUGGCCUCCUGUCUUCUGUUGUGGUCUUUGUGCUACUGACUGUUCCCGGAACUUGAAUCCUGACACCCCACCCC